GAAAGGCUGGCCCCACCUGCAGUCACUCUCUUUUCAAAUAAAAACUGGAUUGGCAGGACACACCCGUCCUUCUCCACGCACCAUCAAAGGGCUCUGUUGUCACCUUAGAAUAUUUAUCUGAUGAUUUAUGAGAUGUUGCACCGUAUUGUUUGGUUUUUGGUGGUUUUCGUGUCAGUGGAUCUUGUGUCCUUUGCAGCAGCUGCUUCUUCACAAAUAGUCACAACACCCACAAAGAAUGUUGAGACGACUAAAAACCUGAUCAAGAAAAACCUUGAACGAUUGGAGAAACUGAGCAACAGAUCCAGUUAUGUUGCAAGGAGCUGUAAAGAGAUCAGGGACAGAUAUAAUGAACAAGAAGAUGGGUUGUACUACCUAACCACUGCUAAUGGCAUGGUCUAUCAGACUUUCUGUGACAUGACCACUGCGGGAGGCGGCUGGACGCUGGUGGCGAGCGUCCAUGAGAACAGUAUUUAUGGAAGGUGCACAGUGGGAGACCGCUGGUCGAGCCAGCAGGGAAACAAUCCUGGACUGCCAGAUGGAGACGGGAACUGGUCCAACAGAAACACCUUUGGAACAGCAGAGGGGGCCACCUCAGAUGAUUUUAAGCAUAGAACCUCCCGCAUGUGA